CACUGAGUUCUUGUUUCUUCGGCGUUUCAAACUGCUGUUUGUUGGGAGACAUUUCUUCUUACUUUAAAGGUGGAACGGACCCGGAACUGGCUGUGUAGGCUUCUUUGUUGUUCCCCUUGUGAUGUGCUUGCCCCGCCUGGCAUAGUGGGAGACUAUAGCUGAGCCCCCUCCCUGUCCUGUUGCUGUCCCCCCUGAAGACCUCCACCACCACAUCCUUCCUCAUUCUCCACCUCCUCUUCCUCCCUCCGGCUGCCCCUGUGAUGCCUCCCUCGUGCUGUGGCUGCCUGUCACAGUACACGCAUCAUCAUCUGGUUGCCUUCCUUCUCACCUUCUUUAGCUAUGUGUUGCUGCAUGCGUCCAGGAAGACAUUCAGUAAUGUGAAAGUGAGCAUCUCAGCCCAGUGGACACCAUUGGUCCAGAAUGACACUCUCUCCCCUCGCAAGACAUGGGAGGACAAUCAUCUGUUCGCAGACGAAAAGCAGGCCACUCUGUUCCUGGGAGCCCUGGACUCCAUCUUCCUCUUCUCGUACGCGGUGGGCCUGUAUCUCAGCGGCGUCAUUGGGGACAGAGUGAACCUCCGCUACGUGCUCUGCUUCGGCCUGUGUGGCUCUGCUGCAGUGGAGUUUGUGUUUGGCACCGUCACCGAAUGGCUCCACUUCUACAACAUCUAUCUGUACUGCGGCCUGUGGGUGCUGAACGGCCUCCUGCAGUCGGCCGUCUGGCCCUGCGUGGUGGCCGUCAUGGGCAACUGGUUCGGCAAGACGGGCCGGGGCUUUGUGUUUGGCCUGUGGAGUGCUUGUGCCUCUGUAGGCAACAUCCUGGGCGCCUUCCUGGCUUCUAGUGUGCUCAAGUAUGGAUAUGAGUAUGCCUUUCUGGUGACCUCAGUGGUGCAGUUUGCUGGUGGGGUGGUGGUGUUCUUCGGCCUACUUACCUCCCCAAAGGAAGUCGGUUUGAGCUUGGAGUCCGAGACUGGACUCAGCCCGGUGGAGACGGACACAGACAGCCACCGGCCUCUGAUGAGCGACGAGGAGGAUGAGGCGGAGGUGGAGGGGUAUGGCAGGCGGUACCAGUCAGUUCAGCGGCCGGACGAACCUCCGGCCGAACCUCCUCGAGCCAUCGGCUUCUGCCAGGCCUUCUGUCUGCCUGGAGUGCUGCCCUAUUCUCUGGCUUAUGCGUGUCUGAAGCUGGUCAACUACUCCUUCUUCUUCUGGCUUCCCUUCUACCUGAGCAACAACUACAGGUGGAAGGAGGCCGAGGCCGACCGGCUGUCUGUGUGGUAUGAUGUCGGAGGAAUCAUCGGAGGGACAGUUCAGGGUUUGAUAUCCGACUUCAUGGGAAAGAGAUCCCCGGUGCUGGCCGCCAGUCUGGCGCUGGCGAUGGCAGCCCUGGUGGGAUACAGCCACUCACCUAACGACCAGGUGAUAAACGCAGUGCUGUUGGCUGUCACUGGCUUCUUCAUUGGCGGUCCGUGUAACAUGAUCAGCUCCGCCAUAUCUGCUGACCUGGGCAGACAGGAGGCUCUGAGGGGGAGUCAGGAGGCUCUGGCUACUGUCACUGGCAUCGUGGACGGAACUGGGAGCAUAGGAGCUGCUGGGGGACAGUACUUGGUGUCCCUGAUCGAGAGCAAGUUGGGCUGGAUGUCUGUGUUCUACUUCUUCGUCGUCAUGACAGGGGGCAGCAUUGUGUUCAUCGCUCCCUUGCUCAUCAGAGAGGUGCGCGCCAUGUGGAGGGACAGGCGAGCGCUGCGCCGGCAGCUGUGAAGGCAUCAACGCCUGACGGCAGCACCGUUUCGACUCCUGUCAGCGACAGCACAGCAGGGCCGCUCAGACACUCUGCUUUUCGGGAGGUGGAAGGAUUUGGUGGAUGCUGUUUCUCACAGCCACGAUGGUUAAGGUGACCUUAAGUUAGAGAACCACCAGUUUAAAAUUCCCAUAAUGACCAGUUUUUGUCUGUUCACACACCUGUAAGCAGGCAGAGAUCGGGCACAACACCGCAGUACACUAAACGUGUAAUUUGUGCUCAAGUGCCUGAUUGAAACAGGCUUUUAAAGGGACCUGGCUGUCAGGCACAACCAGUCUGUGACUUGAGGCCUUGCAGGGCCAUCACAGAAUGUUUUCGUGUAUAUAUUUUAGGAUUGAAAUGGAUGUAAAAACCUUUUAACACGUACAUGCUCUGGAGCCAAGUUGAAUGAUUUCUGGCCUUUUAAUCAGGAGUUCUUAACUUACUGUGAGGCCCCCUCAGACGUUUUGGGGGUCGGGAUUGCCUAAAGAAUGUGAAUAGUAAUUGUAAUGUAGAAACUUAUUGUCAGCUUUUGUAGAUAUGUAUGAUAUUUUUGUUGGUUUUGGUUGAGAUAGGGAAUAUUGUACUGUAGUAUUCUUACAGUCAUUUUUAUGUCUUGAAGAUUUUAGUGAACCACUUUGGUCUUAGCUGGGUUUCGGGAAACAUUCACCCUGCAGCCACUUGAUUUUUCUUGUGUACAGUGUUGUGUAAUCAGGGUUAGAAACUCUACUCUACAGCCUUUUCAUUAUGGGGAGGGGUCUUCUCGGUUCUGUAUACUGUAUACAUCAACCACUGACUUCAUAUUUGCUCAUUAUUCCUUUUUCUCUUCCUGUUGGAAUGUUUACGCCUCAACUUUUAGUGUCUUAAGUCACAGGAAGACCCUCACAAACACUGACAGAAAUAAUUCGAAGAAUCUCCCAUUGUCUUCUCACACGUCUAGUUUACAGUGUAGCGAGCACAUCUGACACACAUUGAAGUGUAAGCUGCACACUGACAUUGUAGAGGAAAAAAGUUUAUGCCUGUUUGUAGCAGAAGCUGCACAAUUGUUUGUUUGUGACUGUGAAUCUGUGUCUAAAAGUUGCCAGUAAUUACGUUUUAAAAGCCAGUAAAGGUAAAAUAUGCGUCCUUUUACACUAGCUGCUCAUGAUCAGGGUUAAAAAAUUAUCAUUCACUAGCCAUAUUGUAGGUAAUGUGCGCAUACCUAGCAUAUGGCUAGUACAGUACAGGUUGUCUACUUCAACCGACCAUCAUUUUGGGGAAGAUAAUUUUGCUUAAAAUCUGUAAAAACAGACUAGAAUUUGUGUUUUUCUGACCGCUGUGGCCAGUAGACACAAUGCUCCAGUGCACGCAGAUACAUGAACCACCAUGUAUAGUGCUUUUGAGACAGGUUCCUCAUGCUAAACCCAAAGCAGUGGAGCUUAACGUGAGACUUGCACCUCUGGUGUCUCUGAACACACCAAGUAAAAUGUAAUAGAAUGUAAAUUGAAGCGUAUGUGGAAUGUUAACACUAUCUGUGUUGUAUAUGCUUUUAUUUUAUCUUUAUUUAUGUGUACCUUUAACCAAUGUAAAUGCAAAUUUUCAUUUUCAAUAAAUGCUAAUUACAUUUUGCAAA